AUGUCUUCAACUCGGAAGUUCGCUACAGUUGAAAUUGGAGCAAAAGACGACAUGGCGAAUGACAAUACUACCAACAGUGCCCCCGCAAACAACACAUCUGUGCCUGCACCACCCACGCUGGUCACUACCUCUAACGACGACAUGACCCUGUCGGACGUGAAUAUCGCGAGCAACACUCCACGCCUGGCUCCUCCCCUGCACACACCCUCAACACCCGGCCAUUUCAUCAACCAAGAGCCAAACCCAACGUCCUUGUGCAGCUCUCCAACUCUCGUUUCCUCCAUCUUCCCAACCGAGCUACCCCUCCGUACCCCGCCUCGCCCUUCACUCAUCAGUCGUGUAUUCAGCCUAUCACCACCGUCUGCGCAUGCAGCUCGCGCUGGAAAUCGCGAACCUCGCACUUUUCAUACAACAGACAUUGAGAUGGGUGGGCAGGAGCACUUGAACCGUGUCUUGCAGCAAGGUGAGAGGGCCAAGAAUACCAAGAAGAUCGAGAAGGUCAAGUUCGUUUUGCUGCUCAUGGGUGGGACGGCGCUUUGUUUGGCGAUGGGCAUAAUGGUAUAUUUGGUUGUGAAGUUUGCGGCGGAGGAUGAUGAUGGACAUUAG